UUUAACUGCAGUCUCUCAGGAGGAAGAACAGAAAAUGCUGAUCAUAUUUUAUAUUCUGCUCGUGCUCAAUAUUGGACGAUGCACAGACGAUCACAUCUUUGAGACAAAGACUGUUGGUGCGGGACAAAAUGUGACUCUAACAUGCCCCCGCAACAGAUUAAGUUUAUCAUCCUUAUUUUGGAUCAGACUUGUUUCUGGAACCUUUCCUGAAAUUUUAGGAGGAACAAUUGCCGUUGAUUUAGGAGUUGAUGUGGAAACCCGUCGCAUUACAGCAAAACAAGAGCCUGGAACUUUUGUUCUGCAUAUUACUGAAACACGUAUAAGAGAUACUGCAGUCUACUACUGUAUAAAAGUGAAUAAAAGCAAAAUGACAUUUUUGAGAGGAACAUUUCUGAGAAUCAAAGGACCAGAACCUGAUAUCACUGCCAUCACUCAAGAUCCAUCUGAUCCAGUCCGUCCAGGAGACUCAGUGACUCUGCAGUGUUCAGUCCUCUCUGACUCUGAGAAGAAAACAUGUCCAGAAGAACACAGAGUUUAUUGGUUCAGAGCCGCAUCAGAUGAAUCUCAUCCCAGUUUCAUUUAUGCCCAAGGAAACAGUAGUGAUGGAUGUGAGAAGAGUCCUGAAGCUCACUCUCUGCAGAAAUGUGUCUACAGCUUCUCUAAGAACGUCAGCUCCUCUGAUGCCGGGACUUAUUACUGUGCUGUGGCCACAUGUGGAGAGAUAUUAUUUGGAAAUGGAGCAAAACUGGAUGUUGAAGAUGUCAGCCGCUGUGAUUCACAGAAUGACAAUACAGCUCUGUUUCUGGUGUGUGCUGCUUUGGCUUUAAGUCUGAUUGUUAUAGCCGUCCUUGUUCAUGCCAUCAGGACAAAAUCCAGCACUUGUUCCAACGCUGCUGCCACUCUGCAAACAAAUGCUGCGACAGCCAGUUGUGAUCAGCAAAGUCAGUCGGGAAAUGAGGAGUCUUUGGCUUAUUGUACACCAAACUUUACCAGGAGGAAAGCUGGCAGAGGAGGGAGAAGAAAUCAAAGACAAGAAGAGACCAUCUACACUGAUGUCAGGGCUUUUAUGAUAUAUGAUUAAUCUAAACCAUGAAUUUGCUAAAUGAGGCUAAUGUAAUUUUUUUGCUUUAGCAGCACUGGUUUCUGCAUUUCACUGAAGACAUGAUGUAUUACAUAGUAUAAUGUAAUAUAUCAUGACUUCAAGUCGUAGUAUAGUAUAAUAUAUUUUUGAUAAACUAUGCAUCAUAUUAUGCAUUAUACGUAUAUUCUGUCCAAAUUAUUUGCAAAUAUUUCAUGUUUUUGACUUAUUAUGAUGCAAAAAUAACCACCUUUAAUAGCUAAGCUUUUGUUGAUAGCCUGUAUCACUGUGAAUCCCAUAUCUAAUAAUUUUGUUUCAGUUUUUAUGCAGUUUAUUGUUACAUUUUUUAAAGAGGUGGUGAUGCAUCUGCCUAAUGUGACUUUUUGAAAGAUUCAUCUUGAAAGAGUCGAGAGAAGAGUCAACUCUGUCUCUUUUCUCUGUGAUACCAUAUAAGGUGAUAAACU